CCGUCCUCUGCGUCGGGCGUCAACACUCAACAGCGAGUGCAGAGAAAACGAUACGACGCGUCGUCAUCCGUACCCCCGUCAGCUCCGCUUGCUCGCCGCCGCUCCGCUCCCCCGCCGCCUCCUCUCGAGCAGCCCCCGCCGUCCCCCGCCUUUUCCGCCCCGAGCUCCGUCGGCUGGCUCCAGCGCCGUCGUGGCAGGCUGCGCUUCCCGCAUCUGGGCUGGCUGGGCUGGUGGUCGAGCCUCGCGUCCUCGGCCUCCCUUGACGUCUGCCGCCCCGUCGCCGGCGCCAUUGGCGCUUGAAGCUGCGCUGAUUCGUUCUGGAGGGGAUUGAUCAGGUUGCAAUCCCCUGUGAUACUCCAUCGCUAGCAAUGCAUUCUUCAGAAAAUAAACCGGUAUGCUCCAACUCUGGAAGAUCACCACCACAGAGGAAUGGGACUGCUUCUGAGUUGGUUCCUGUAUCAAAACGAUCAAGUCGACGCAAUGCUUCCUGCAAAUGUAAACCUGAUUCUCCUUCCAAGAGAUCACCUAGGAAAGUUAGGAAUGCUACUCUGUCGAAAUCCAUAAAGAAUAAAUAUCAUUGUAGUCCCCUGAAACGGCGGAGGGGUUCAGAUCCUGUUGCCAGGAAAACUGUAACAGGACUAACGGCGAGGAGGAAGCAAAAAAGAAAAAGGCAAAAUACUGAUGAGGCAACUUGCUUGGAAAGAAGAGCAAGAUAUUUAAUGAUCAAAAUAAAACUGGAGCAGAAUUUACUAGAUGCAUACUCCGGAGAUGGCUGGAACAGGCAAAGCCGAGAGAAAAUAAAGCCAGAGAAGGAGCUACAGCGUGCUAAGAAACAGAUCAUAAAAUGCAAAAUUGCUAUCCGUGAUGUUAUUCGCCACCUUGAUUUGCAUAAUUCCAUCGAUGACUCGGUGAUGCCUCCAGAUGGGUCUGUCAAUCCUGAACAUAUCAUAUGCUCAACAUGCAAGUCUCAUGAAUCAUUUCCCAGCAAUAAAAUUGUCUUCUGCGAAGGGGCCUGCAAAAGGGCAUAUCACCAGAAAUGUUUGGAUCCUCCUCUAGACAAAAGUGUUCUUCCAAUCAGUAGCCAUGGAUGGCUUUGCAAAUUCUGUUUCUGCAAGAUGAAAAUUUUAGAAGCUAUUAAUGCACAUCUAGGAACGAGCUAUACAGUGAAGUGUCCCUCCGAAGAUAUUUUCAAGGAAGCAACUGAACAAAUAGACUCUGAGGAUGGACUAGGUGAAGAUUGGCUUUCUGAGUAUUCAGGCGAUGAGGACUAUGAUCCUGAAGAAAACGAGGUCAGCAGCAGCAUUGACAGUGAAGAAGUUAUGUUAGAUGGUUCCAAUGGUUCAGGAAGUCCGCUUUAUUCUCCAAAUGAUGAUAUUCCGGACUUCAUAUCAGCAGAUUUCAAUGAUGCUGAAGGAUUCUGUAACGUUGAUUUAGACUUAGGCACUGAUUCUGGUGAAGAUGAAUUUGCACAGAUCCUGACUUACCAAAGGUCAAGAAGAGAUGUUGAUUAUAGAAGACUCAAUGAGGAGAUGUUUGGAAAACUUAUCAAGAAUGAAGAGCAGAGUGAGGAUGAAGAUUGGUGCCGUGACAGGGGAAAGAAAAGAAGGGUGAAGUCAGCUGGUGUUGGGGCUAAUUCUGCUGAAGAUUUCUCGAAUGCCAUACCAGAUGAAAAAGUGCAAAAGCAGAGGAGAAAACUUUUCAGGAUUCCUCCCGCGGCAGUCAAAGUGCUUCGCAAAGUUUUUGCUGAAAAUGAGCUUCCACCCCGGAACAUCAAAGAAGAUCUCUCAAGAGAAUUGGGCAUUUCUUUUGAAAAGAUCGACAAAUGGUUCAAAAAUACAAGAUGUGCUGCUCUCAAAUAUCGCAAGUCUGAAGGGAACAGUCAUAAUACCGGCCCGAGCAAAACGUCAAGAACAAGUGAAGAAAAAGCUGGAAUCUCAGGCAAGGCUGACGGAAACUGUCAUAUUACUGGUUCCAACAAAAGCUCAAGAACCAAUGAAGAAAGAGCUGGUAUCUCCGGCAAGGUUGAUUUAGUAGACAAUUCGUGCUUUGUUCCCUUGUCUGAAGUCAUUAAUGUACCUGCACAUUUGCAAAGAAAUCUUGAGAAGAGGAAGAUGGAAUUAACUGGCAGUCCUCAGAGGGGGCUACACAAUAAAGAAGCUUGCUUGUCUCAAGCUGGUCAAGUAAAGGAGAGUGUAUCACCUACAAGCAAGUCCUUUUUGCAGACAGAUCUAAGCCAUUCAACAAAUAAUGAAGUCAGCGCUGAAGAGCAAGCUGCUGCUUGGAUGGAUACUGGGGUCUCGGAUUAUCAGCCUUUCUUGGAUGUGAUCGAUGAGAUGUGCGAACUCGAGCAUAGGCUGCAGAGGUUGAAGGAGAACAUGCUCUCAUCAGGUGCAGACGACAAUGGUGAGAGUGACUUGCAAAACCAAGUUUUGGUGCUUGUACCAUCUGCUGAGCUCAAGGAAAAAGCAUAGCCUGACAUCUAAACGGAAAUGAUUACUCAUUUGGGCAUUGCCUAUAGGUUGUUAUACAGCAGAGAAUUGUAUAGAGAAAGAAAAACACUAGUACUGGCUGACUCGCUGUUCAAUAGUUUUUGUGGCCUCAACAAGUCAACCGUACUGAUACUGCAACUAGUAUACAAGCCAGUUUGUACUUUGUACUGGUCGAAAUGAGUCUGAACUAUACCUUUAGAGCCUUGAACUUGUAACCUCAUAUCUGAAUCUGAACUGCGACUGCGAAUAAUUCGUGGAUGACCCGAUUGACUAUCACUCUGUCAAAUCUCAACUGCUCAUUUUUCUA